AUGGACGCAACUCCCCCUCCGGUGCCAAAUCGGUCACGGCACCAUAGUCGACGAAAGUCUCUGCAAGGCCCCUCGACUCCCGCGAACCGCGUCCAUAUUCAACCUGCUUCCCCAGAAGUCAUCUCGUCGUUGAUCACGUCGCUCUCUGUCAUAUCCUCCCCUGCGAACCAGCUCUUCGAGAGUCACUCUACACCAGCAUCCCCCGCGCCAACACAGAAUACCUUUGGAAAUUUGAACGGUCAGGGAGGGUCUCGGUCGUCGGGAGGGAGCUUUGGAAUAGAUUACGGCGCGUUCGACCAACCCUCCCUUCGGGAACUCAUUGAAGAAGAAUCCCUCGAUGAACUUGCUGCCAGUCCUCCGGUGAUAAGGACCUCAAAACCCCCUUCAGGGUUCUCUCCUUUGACUGCUCCACGACCGUCUCGAGACAGUAGCCCUUUGAAGACAUUUCUACGAGGCAGCUCACGGCCAUCAUCCAAGGGUUCUCUAGGGCCAAAGGAUAAGGACGAUGCGAGUAGCAUUGGCAAUCUCUCUAUCGAACCCGGCCCACCGCCAUCUCCAGAGUUACGCCGGAAAUCGUCGAGCGACAGCUGGGGAAAGAAGCAAGCAAGGAAUCAGAGAGGUUUGAUGUACAUGAGUUCAAAGGAGAGACUGCGGGAAAGGGAGCAAGAGCGCAAGAGGAAUUCGGCUGGAGGCAAUACAAAAGGGCUCGCCUCCGAUCGACUACCUGUGCCGAAGUUCGACUCUGAUUCCUUCAUGGCGGAAACCGCGAUCGGGGAAGAAUCGGAAGAAUCACCCACAACCAAACAAGAUCUUCCGACUACCGCGAACGACGACGUAAAUUUGCCUGCUGCAGGAGGAAGUUACGGAGGCAUAGGCUCAGGAAGAUUCAUCCCGACACGAGACUCCUCUUUACGGAAAACCGCAUCUGGGACAAAGCGUUCCUCCCGAAGAUCAAGUCGACACGGUGCCACACCUCGAGCCAGUGAAGAUGCAAAUGACACCAUCCAGGAGAUAGACGAGCAACAGCAUGAUCGUAAACGGGAACGGGGCAGGCGGGAUAAUCGAGCUGCGCCUUCUGAAGGAAGUUCCAAGAUGAACGAACCUCUGGACAAUCUGGACACACCCCGCGCUUCGAAAACGGCCACACCAGCCAGCAAACAAGUGGCUGAAAGUGCCGGAAUCGAGGGGUUGCUUGAAGCGGAGGAUAUAGAUGGAGGGGCGCCGUCCCCGGCAGUCGCUCAAAGGAAAUCGCGCCACAGCCUUGACCAACCCAAGAGGAAAUCGGGCAAAGUGGUUCCUGAACCUUUGGAAACUCCCCAACCCAAGCGAGCCGGAUCACGGCUGAAGCGAUUAUCUGCGCCCCUGAGCCCCAGGGGCGGGGAGAAGGAUGCACAAACCAGAAGAAGCCCAACUCCACUAUCAAGAGUUGGGUCCCCUGAACCAGGCAAGACACCACAAAUACACGUUGAUGAUAGGCCGAAUAGUGCGGACUCAAUUGACGAUGCGGUGGAGGCAUAUCUUUGCUCGCCGCGAUUAUCUCAAAAAAUUAGGCAUCCUCAGACUGGCAGGACCAUCUCCUUUUCAGAAGUUGGUGACUCUGAAGGCUUUGCGGUCUUCUGCUGCGUUGGUAUGGGAUUGACAAGGUACAUAACGGCCUUCUACGAUGAACUCGCCUUGACGCUCAAGCUACGUUUGAUUACGCCAGAUCGUCCGGGAGUGGGAGACAGUGAGCCAUAUAAUGAUGGCACAGCAACACCUCUCAGUUGGCCUGAUGAUGUAUACGCCAUAUGUCAAGCAUUGAAGAUAACUAAGUUCUCCAUCCUCGCCCACUCAGCUGGCGCGAUAUACGCACUGGCAACCGCCCUCCGUAUGCCCCAGCAUAUCCGUGGGCGGAUCCACCUCCUUGCGCCUUGGAUACCGCCUUCGCAAAUGAAUGUCUUUAGCGGGCAGACGUCCUCACCUCCUGCAAACUCAAUUCCAACUUCUCAGCGCAUCCUUCGCGCACUUCCCACCCCUAUUCUCAAGGCGGCCAACUCCAGUUUCAUGAGCGCUACGAGUAGCUCGAUAACGAGUAGCCUUCCGAAGCAAAAGCGCAACAAGCGCAAGUCCACCGGACGCGAUACCCCAGCGCCGAGUGGCAGGAGCACGGUCACGCCCGGUCCUGAUAAAGAGAACCAUGGCCGAAAUUCUACAAUCUAUCCUGAUCCUUCGGAGCAGACUGCUGUAGAAAAGGCUGCCAGCGAUCCUACAGACCCGAAUAACGAAGCCGCCAUCCUGGCUGCUGCUGCUAACACACUCGCAAAUCAGGAGAGGCAAAUGACAUAUGACACGAGACUCACCCAUGCAAUUUGGCAUCUAGCUACGCAGGGCGCGAAUCCCGCCGUGGAUCUAUUAGUGUGUCUAGAGAGGAGACAUACAAUCGGGUUCAGAUAUGUAGACAUAACCCGAGCCGUGGUCAUUCAUCACGGUAGCAAGGACACGAGAGUGCCGGUGGAGAAUGUCCGGUGGCUCGGAAAGACGAUGAAGAAAUGCGAAGUGCGGGUACUUGAGGGCGAAGGACAUGGGCUGAUGGCUUCUGCUGCAGUUAUGGGGGGCGUCCUCAUGGAGAUUGCCAGGGAGUGGGAGGAUUGGAUGAAGGUUACCGGCUCGGUUGGAAAGUCCGACGGAGCCAGAAAGACACUACGAGAGCGUGCUAGUAUUGGAGCUUUCAGAUGA